AUGCUGUUUGAGGGAAAGGUCAGCCCUUGCCGACUUCUCAAGAUCUCGGCCGAGGUUGGCCUGGAUCAGCGGAGAGUUCUCCGUCUGCUAUGCAAGGAAUGGUCAAUGGACUUGGAGACCUUCAUGAUGGUACUUCAAGAUGGAGAGGAGCAGGGAGAAAUGAACGGGAGCAGGUUGAAGGAUACUGCAAGCGAUGAGCUUCAAGGGAUACUGUACUCGCCGAUUGACAGAAAGCAGCUCCGAAAGACCUUGCAGCACUGCAGAGUGGAAUACCAGGAAGCUCUCGCCAACAUGAAGGAGAGUGAUGCACAUCUCAUUGCCAUGCGCAUGCUCCCGAGCAUCGUCGAUGAUAUCAUGCUGCUGCGAGAGGAGGUUGGAGUCUAUCCGGCACAGCAUCUCCGCUCGUCGACCAGCGAUGACAGUGAGGCGGACAUGUCAGGGAUCGACUUCUCCAGGAGAGAAUCGUCCUUCAGUCAUGGCUUCACUGACUACGACCAGGAGGAUGUUACGUGGGUUGUAGCUCCGACGGCAAGCAGUAAGGACUUACAGGGCCCAGAGGCGUCGGACCAGACGAGGAUGCUUCUUGAUCAAAUCAAGAGAGAGGCGGAAGAAAGUCUGCGAGCCUACAGGGCAGCCAUCGCACGGACAUCACAAGGAAUCUGA